AAAUCGGGCUGCAUUGAAAGCUGCAGAGGUUUUGGCUGUCCCACUUCUCUCCCUCCUUCUCUUUCCUUGCCUUCUUCCAGUUCUCUUGUCUUCUCCAGGGUGAUAGUGUCCUGUCUCCUCCCCUUUCCCUUGGAAAUCCUAGGCCUGAGGGCGAUCAGAUCACUUCCUUCUCUGCUCUCCUCAUCGGUCGCGCAAAGAGGAGGAGAAGGGGGAGCCACUGGGCGGCUCCGGAGCCAUGGAUAGAUACCAGAGGGUGGAGAAGCCGAGGCCGGAAUCGGCCAUAAGCGAGAACGAGAUCCGAGUCACCACGCAGGGCCUCAUUCGGAAUUAUGUCAGCUAUGCAAGCAGCCUCCUGCAGGAAAAACGGGUGACAGAAAUUGUUCUGAAGGCAAUGGGGCAGGCUAUCAGCAAGACCGUGGCCGUAGUGGAGAUCAUAAAGAAAAGGAUCCCUAGAUUACAUCAAGAUACUACCAUUGGUUCAACCAGCAUUACUGAUGUAUGGGAACCUAUCGAGGAGGGCCUUGUACCUUUGGAGAUGACUCGCCAUGUCUCAGUGAUUUCAAUAACUUUGUCAACCAGAGACUUGAACAAGAACUCUCCCGGAUAUCAAGCUCCAUUACAUGUAGAGCAGCCAUGGCAACAGCAAAGGAUGCAGCAGCGACAGCAGUUUCAACAGCAGCAGCAGCAUCCACCACGACAAGCACAAAGUCAAAUUUCUGAAGAAUCAUAUGGCCGAGGACGUGGUCGAGGUCGAGGUAGAGGAAGGGGUUGGGGAAGAGGUGGAUAUGGUGGUUAUGGCAGAUAUGGUGUAUAUGAUAACAAUCAAGAAAAUGGAUGGAACUGGAAUUGGGGUCGAGGUGGAGGUCGAGGUAGAGGAGGUUGGGGUUAUCGUGGUGCUGGAUAUGAAAGAGGCAGAGGGCGGGGAAGAGGCUAUGACCAUGGGUGGGGAAGGAUGGGCGGAUGAGGGAGUGGGAACCAGGCUGAGUGGUAGUGGGAGUCUUUGCUGUUUUCAUGCAUGCUUGGUUUUUUUAUGUCAGGGAAAAGGAUUUAUAUCAGAGGACCUUUUGAGCCAUGAAAUGUGAGAUGUGGUGGAUGCCUCACCUAGAUUAUCGAUAAGCUAAGUGGUUUUGCUGUUUUUCUGUAUGUGGAUCCUUGGCAGUCCUUGUGCAUCUGCCUCUUUCCCAUGGCUGAAGCAUGCACUCUAUCCCUCUGUAACCUCCCAUUUGCUAUGCCCCGUUGUAUCUAUGAGUUCCAUUUUUCUCCCUUUUUCCUGUACCUUCUGAUAUUGUUCUUUUCCCUGCAUUCUUGUUUAUCUUUGGUAAUAUAUGUGGUUGUUUCUAAUUUUUUCUCCA